AUGACGUCCAUUGUCCGAAGGAGGUUGUUUGGAGCACGGUCUCUCAAGCUUGUCUCGCUUCACCUGGCUGGGCAGCAGCGGCAUGUGGUUGCAAGAGCUGCGCAACUUGCUGGGGCGCAGGGGCCCAUCGAGGAGUUGCGAAGUGAUGUUGCCAGAAGGUUCACACAGGCUGCGCAGGGAACGCCGCCGAACAUCAGCAGCGGCCAGCUUGUUCAACUCCUCUUCGAAGUCGGAGUCGUUGAUGUCAAGACACACUCGGUUGGCGAAGUAGUAAACUUCCUCAUGGAGCACGGCUUUUAUCGUCAAACCCAUCCUCAGAAGCGGGACUCCUAUGGUCCAGCACCGCCACCCAAGCUUGGGAUGCUGGAGGCCCAGCGCUGGGCUACCCUCCUCUUCUUCAGGCGCAUGCAGCAAAAGCCCCUGGCACUUGGGAAGGCCAUGACGGAAGCCACCAAACCGAUCUGCGGCAGCGCCUGGUGUUCAUGUCCACCCGGGGCAGCUGGAACAGAUCUUUGCGCCUUGAGCAAGAGGUUCUGGGGCGAUCCGGGCUCAAGCUUCCAGUGCGAAGCUGGAGAAGGCGGCAUUCGCUUGGAAAAUAGAGUUGCGCGAUGGGCUGAAGUCAACAUGUCGCUGAUUGCACGCCUCUUCGGAGCUUUACGCGCAACUCAUAUGCCUGCAGCCGGUGAUGCAUGUCCUGCUUUCCUAGCGUCCGAGCGGCAUGAAUUCACAGCAGCAUCCCACGUGCUGCGGACCCUUGCAUGUUCCCGGGUUCGAAAAGCUGGCAACGCUGCACGUCGCUGGCAGUGUUGCCGAAGCUGUCACGCAGCUCUGGGGUGUGCGGGACGUGCGGGUGUGUCGAGUCGGCGUCACCAUCCAAAUCGUCUGCGAGUGCUGCAGCAAAAGUACGAGUUUAAACUCUCCAAGUUUGCUGAAGACCACCGUUGGCCUGAAGCUUUGUCAAUGCUUCAGACCAUGCGAGAUCGGAUGCUGGAUCCGAGUGAACCAAGCCGGGCACUGGUCGUGAAAGCUUUGUCGUUGGCGGGUCGCUGGAUCCGUGCGUUUGAUAUGCUCUCCAAGCUGCAGAAAUGGUGUGCUGCCCGGCAGCAAGCACCCAGCAGUCUAGCACUGAGCAGCGGUGUCUUUGCUUGCAAGAAGGGUGCACAAUGGCGUGUAGCCUUGGUCCUUCUUGCUGAAGCGGAACAUUAUCGGUGUGAAACAUUAAUACAACCGCAGCUUCCUCUCAAGCCACGUGAGGGUGGCAUCCAGAGAGGCUGGCUCAUGGCUGACGCCUUGGCCAGCCUAGGCCAAGGUUCUUCGAAUGCAAAUGUGGCAAAAAUUGCCAUAGAGCAACGGAAGAAGAAGGCCGAGGUUGUGGAGCCGCAGGUGAUCAGCGAAGAGCUCCUCAUCGAAGGUGUCGAGGAGCCUGUCCGAACAGAUGGCAAGGCGUGGCCAACCAAUGAAUUUCCGCAAGUGACCUCACUUCGUCUGUCCUUCAAGAACAUUAUCGAGAUUUCGAACUUGAACAACUUUGACACCCUGCUGACGCUUCGGCUUGACAACAACAUCAUCGACAAGGUUUCCAACCUGGGACACUUGAGACAGCUGACCUGGCUGGACCUUUCCUUCAACAACAUCCGUGAAAUAGAAGGGUUGGACGACUUGCACGAGCUGCUGGAUUUGUCCCUGUACCACAACCAAAUCGAGGAGAUCAAAGACCGACUGGACGGUUGCCCGAAGCUGAACAUUUUGUCCCUGGGCCACAACAACAUGAAGGACUUGAAGCAGAUCGACUACCUGCGCCAGUUUGCCAAUCUGAGAUGUCUGUGCAUGGAGGGUAACAAGGUGUGCAACCAUGACUCCUACAAUCAACAUGUGCUCGCAUAUCUGCCGCAUCUCAAGUAUUUGGACUACAUGCUCAUCGACCGCAAGGCCGUGGCCCAGGCACAGGAAGGCUACAACCUGGAAGAGCUUACCGAGGUCCGCGAGAAGGAGCAGGCAGAGCACAUGCAGCAGAAGGCCAAGGCAGAAAAGUCGGCCACAAUUGAGAAGCUGAAGACGGCAUUCCUCGAUUGCACGGAGGAUUUGUUCGAGGAGAUGUUCUCCAGGGAGGUGGAGCCUGAGAAUGUCUUGGUCUUGCAAUGCUAUCAAGGUCUCAAGGAGGACUAUCGAGACAAGCUCUCCGAAGAAAUCAAGGGUCUUCGAGCUCGAAUGGAGGAGAAGAACGAAGUUCGGCUCAGGAAGGUUUCAGCCUUCGAAAAGGCGAUCUACGCUUCGGAGAAAGAGAGUGAAGACGAAGCCUUCCAACAGAUCCGAGACUUCAAGAGUGUCAAGAAAAAGGUCCUGUCCCAAGUGGACAAGGAAGAUGGGGCUAGGGCAGAGGUUGAUGACCUGCUGAAGCACUUGCUUGACGAACUCGGCGACUUGGAGAAUCAGCUCAUGGCGAACGAGAUCGCGCUCCAAGAGAGUAUCGAAGAGGCACUGUCCGAUUUCGAAGCCAAAACCAUGGAUCUUGUGAAGAGCAUGCUGGACAACAGCCGGGAGUUCUUUACGCGGCUGGAAGACUUAGAGAAGAGCUUCCUCACGGGACUCACCGAAGGUGCCAACAGUGAGAUCGAAGCCUUCACUCAGACACAAGAGUCGGCGAUGGCAGAUACCGACCCACAGAAAGCUAAGUAUCUCAACAACCGCGAGGAGAUGAACCAGGCCCUUACAAAUUUCACCGAUGCCCACAACAGCCUGAUCACAAACAAGGAUGACUAUAUGACCAACCAGAUGAAUUCUUGGAACCGGGCGUACUUCGAGAACCACCGGGCACGCCAAUACAACCGGAAUCGCCAGCGAGCACCGGACUCAGAGUCUGAGAAUUGCAGCACAACAUGA